CCAACUUCCGCGAGUCUGGUGGGCAGGAGCUUGCGGGGCAUCUGCUCGCGGUCCUCUCUGGGUCCCGCCACAGCUGGGAAGAGGGACCCGUGCGCCCCGCCCCUGAGGCCCCGCCCCGUCCCGUCUCAGCUUCACUGGCCAGAGGUCCCGGGGCCCCGGAGGCGGCCGGCCGGUCUGGGCCCCCGCGAUGUCGCAUGGAUCGGGGCUCAUCCGGACCACGUGCAGCAGCGGCGGCGCGCCGGGGCCAGGCCAGCCCUCGGAGGGACUGCUGGACCGGGUGUACCCGCGCACCCAGGGCGCCCUGCUCAAAGUGGCGCAGAUGGUCACCCUACUGAUCGCCUUCAUCUGUGUGCGAAGCUCUCUGCGGAUCGACUAUGGCGCAUACAGCUUCUUUGAAGUAGUCACCAUCUGUGACCUGAUAAUGAUCCUCAUCUUUUACCUGGUCCAUCUCUUCCGCUUCUACCGUGUGCUCACCUGCAUCAGCUGGCCCCUGUCGGAACUGCUGCACUAUUUAAUCGGCACCCUGCUUCUUCUCAUCGCCUCCAUCGUGGCGGCCUCCAAGAGUUACAACCAGAGUGGCCUGGUAGCAGGAGCGGUCUUUGGGUUUCUGGCCAGCUUCCUCUGCCUGGCAAGCUUGUGGCUGUCCUACAAGAUCAGCUGCAUAACUCAGUCAACAGAUGCAUCUGCCUGACAAGGCCAUAGCCUCUGGUCCCCGCAAAAGGAUCUGCAGGAUGUAGGCUCACCCCAGGAGGACCCCAGGCAUGGCUAUGGACCGCUCAGGUGACAAGGUCAGUACCUUGCCUAGCUUUGCCGAAACACCGGGCUCCUGAGCAUCAAGCAGCUACAGCCUCCUUCCAGUCUGCCUCAGAGACCAUUCCUCCAUUGGGGCUCUUAGCACCUCUCAGGUACCAAGGACUGUACUGAGCACAGUGGAGAGACUUCUGGAUCCGCCUGCAUAGACUCAACUUUUUUCAUACCUCUCAGGACCAAGACCACCCAGAGUCCUCACAGAAGAAGCGGACCCUAAUUUAUCUGGCUUGUCAAUCUGGUUUUGAAGACCCUCUGUUCUAAGUGAGGAGCAGAAACCCUGUGUGGCUCCUGUUUCCCCGGUCCCUAUCUGCCUUCGUCACGGGGUGUGUGUGUGGGGGGGGGGGGUAAUAAAACAUCAGUCAAUUG